AUGCUCCGUCUCGGAAAUCAGACACCCCGUCCUCCGCCAGCUACCGGCAGAUUCAGCACUCUGAUCAACACAUAUAACGACCCCAUAAAAUGGUAAGAAAGUCUUUCGACUUUUUUAUUCUUCUUUUAGGCCUUUUGUCAAAAGUCUGAUUGGAUUUGGAGUCGGCGUGUAUUUGGCCAGAAAGAUCUCGGAAGAAUGGGUCCUAUCGGAAGCCGGCCUCUCCCCACCAUCCCUUUGA